UCAGUCCAGAUGGUUGCCCCCCUGAAGCCGUCGCGUGCUAUGUUGGGAUGUAUCGUGCUAAACCUGGUGGUCAUUAUUGCUCCCUAUCUACAGGCUGCGGAAGUAGCCGCGAUACAAUACGGUCUUCAUGUUCGAGUAUUCAAACUUCAUCAUUGGAAGCUCUGCCCAUAUUUCAAUUCGGUUAUCUGAGAAUGAACACAAACAUGUGGACAUCCUCCUUGGAUCAGGAGCUCUGGUUGCCAGAAAAAGAUGGUUGAGGUUGAGGUAUUCCUGCAAUGGGCCGGGGUCGAAUCGUGAGAUGUCAUGAACCAUACAUUUGGAAUAAGCUUGUUUUUGCUCGAGAAUAAGACAAUAAGUUGAAUAGCAGAUCCUCCGACUUUCUUAAGUUCAGAUCCCCACACGUGCUGAUUUACAUAGCUCGUCUGCUCCAGUAAGCAAAUUGCCUGUUGUGCCUCCCAAUACAACUGAUCAUGGGGUGUUGAAUAAUCAAUAUACUUAUGUGUUAUCUACGAGCUCGCUCUUAUCGACUCUUGUCUCUCCACACUGAGGAUCGGGCCCCUUGCAACCUACCCAGAAUCAAACCAUGAAGGAUCUCAAAAUCAUUGAUGCAUUGCCCUCCAACCUGGUAAAGCCUAACGCUGAUGAAGCUUUACUCGCUGCUCUUGGUUACAAACAAGGUGUGUAAACUGUACAGACUUGUCACCGUACAUGAGGCCACUUAAAGCACUCCUAGAAUUCCGGCGUCACUUUUCUCCUCUUCAGGUCUUCGGACUCGCAUUUUCCAUAAUAGGACUUGUCUCAUCGUUUUCGUGGGUUCUGAGAUCUUUCGGCACGCUUCCUCACCCGAACUUGACACGUUCACAAGUUCUGUCCUGAUAUACUCUAUCCCAUACGGCGGACCGGUUGCGAUGGUUUGGGGAUGGGUUGCUGCUGCUGGGUUCCUGUUCACCUUAGCGCUUGCGUUGGCCGAACUCGCCUCAGCUGCUCCAACAUCGGGAGGGAUAUAUUACUGGGCUUACGCAUAUUCGUCGGACAGAUACAAGUGUUUUUUGUGCUGGAUUGUCGGAUAUGCCAAUACCAUCAGUAAUGUCGCUAGUGUUGCCAGUAUCGAGUGGGGUUGCGCCGUGCAGAUCAUGGCCGCUGCGCAAAUUGGCACGGGAUUUGAGACGUCAAAUUCCCACUUGUUCGGGGUGUUCGUUGCACUACUCAUGAUACACGGGAUGAUGAACACGUUGACACCAAAGUAUAUCGCCAAGAUGCAAAUAUACUUCACACUUCUCAACGUCAUCUUGUGUUGCGUGGUGAUAUUUGUCCUUCCAGCCGUGACCCCCAGGGAACUCCGAAACACGGCGCCUUUCGCGUUUGGGGAAUUCCAGAAUUUUUCAGGAUGGGAGAACGGAUUUGCUUUUAUCCUGAGCCUUCUCACGCCUGCUUGGACAUCAGGGUCUAUGGAAGCGGCUAUUCAUAUGAGCGAGGAGGCAAUAAACGCGACGACGGCAAUCCCGUUCACCAUCAUUCUGUCCAACCUAUCAGUACUCAUACUCGGAUGGGCGAUCAACGUCGCGCUUUCUUUCUCAAUGGGAAAUGAUAUAGAGGCUAUUAUCAAUAGUCCAGUUGGCCAACCGAUGGCCACGAUUCUUUUGCGUUCUUUUGGUAAGAAGGGUACACUUGUUGUCUGGAGUUUUGUGGUUCUAGCUCAAUUUGCCAUCGGUGCUGGUCAGGUCACCACAUGCUCACGACAGGUAAUCACACUUUCUUUUUUUGCUUUUGCUCGAAUCGUACAACCACACGUAUGUACAUCCAGGUGUUUGCCUUUACCCGGGAUGGCGCCCUUCCUUUUUCUGUGUGGUUGUACAAAGUUGACAAGCGAACCGGGGCUCCGAUUCGGAGCGUGUGGUGUAGUGUCUUUUUGUCAGUUUUGCUAG